GAAUGAUCCUCACCAUGGUUGUCGUCCAGCUUGGCCUGUCGCUUCUUCCCUCGCAGACUGCACUUCUAGUCAUUGAUUGAUUGAUUGAUUCAUUCAUUCAUUCCUGAUUGAUUGAUAGAUUGAUUGAUAGAUUGAUUGAUUGAUUGAUUGAUUGAUUGGGGUUAGUAGAAGCAAGAGUAUCCAUCACAAGCAUGCCGUCGAUAAGCGAUUUUAGCUGUAUGUUUCUGGGAAUGAUCCUCACUAUGGUUGUCAUCCAGCUUGGCCUGUCGCCUCUUCCCUCGCAGACUGCACUUCUAGCUGGCGGGAGAUCACCUCUUCUCUUUGAUCUUCCUACGAUUCCAUCGAGCGGCCGGAGAAGGCUGAUCUAUAGCAAUAGCAAUAGCAAUAGCGACUCUAUGGUACUUGUACCGGGAGAAGCGCAGGACAUGCAGAGGGGUGUCCAAGCGAAGGAGGCAGAGGAGAGGGAUGACGGUGAGGAGGAGGUGGUAGGACGGCCAGGGAACGUCAAGAAACGUCAACGUUUAGUCGAAGAAGAUAACCCUGACGAAAGAAGCCAAGGGGGGGCUAAGGAGGGGGUUCUGAGGAGGAGAAAGGGGGGCGGAGGAGGGGGUGUGGUUGCGGGAGAGUGGGAAGGGUCACCGAUUUUCCAAAGGGAGCUAGAUGGAGAAGAAGGGGGGAAAAAUAAAGUCGGCGGAGCAACAAACUGUCCCGUCGUCAUGGAGUCCCAUUACACUGGGACACGUUCAGAAGUGCGUGAAUUGCGGGCGGGGUAUGUACGUAAGAAGAAAACCUCGAAAAUGUCGAGAGGAACGGAAAAGGGGAAAGUACCUCCACUCUCGGCGGAGAACCAAGUCGUCAAUUAUGUCAAUAGUCAGUGCAAUAGUGCCCUCUAUGACUCCUACAGUUGGUGCGGAUCAUGGGACGUAAAAAGCCGGGAAGCAGCGACCCCAACACCAGCACCAGCAGCAGGAGGAGGAGGAGGAGGACGAGGAGGAGGAGUAACAGGAAGAGGAGGAGGAGGAGGAGGAGGAGGAGGAGGAGGAGGAACAGGAGGAGCAGGAAGAGGAGGAGGAGGAGGAGGAGCAGGAAGAGGAGGAGGAGGAGGAAGAGGAGUAACAGGAAGAGGAGGAGGAGGAGGAGGUGGUGGUGGUGAGGUUAAUAGCGCCGAAAGGACCACAGCUGUGCGUUUAUUGUUAGUUAGUGGGGGAGAGGAGAGAGGAAGGAGAGGAGGGAGGAAAGAAUCAACGGAUGGUAAUCAUGGCAACGACACCCAUGGAGAAGGAGGAGAUGUUUUAAUGACACGUCAGCAUUAUUACUCCCCUGCGCGCCGAUUUCAAAGAUUGGGCCGGAACGCCGUGCGCAAUUCCCCUCCCAAGCCUCAUUUUGAGCUGACGUCACCAGAAUCAUGGUCCAGUACGGGAGUGAUGUCGGGGGGAUCGAGAGAGUCCGAGAGGAAAAGGCGGGUGGAAACAGAUGACGCGAAUCUGAAAAUGGCGGGAACAGCAGCACGAGCAGACUGCUACCAUGGAGUGUCGACGUGUCGACGCCUCGUUCUGCCACGUGGCAGUUGGCAUCACCAUGACCCUCGCCUAGGGAGACAGACGAACAACGACAAAAGGUUGUCAUCCUCCUCCUCGUCAUCAUCAUCAUCAGCACCGGCGGAAGCGAUCCCGCCGCCGCCGCCGCCUACCCGACAAUAUUUCGAGUACAGAGCUGUCGUCCUUGCCGGGCCUAAUACCGACGGUGAGGGUCGUGUGAAGGCCUACGCUUCCCGAUUUCUGCCUCCCUCUUCCUCUUCCUCCUCCUCCUCCUCCUCCUCCGCCUCCUCCUCGUCGUCAUCCUUGUCUUCAUCGUCCCGGUCGCGAUCGCGACCCGGAACGGUGGGGGAGAGAGCUGAAAGCAAUCCCGAUCCUGAUCGAAGCCACCUAGAGAGGAGGGCGGCGCUGCGUGUGCCUAGAGGCGACAUCAUCGUGGGCCGCACGUUGGCUGAACGAUUGCCGCCAUCCGAUUACGGCAUGGAUUUGUCGGUCUGCCACGACAGCUGUGCGGUUGUGGGCAAUUCCGGCGUCUUGCUGCGCGCCGAGGCCGGAGAGGAGAUCGACGGCCACGCGGCCGUCUUGAGGAUCAACCUGGCGCCGACACGUCGUUACGAAAAACACGUCGGCAGGAAGACCACGUACGAGUUCUGCAACAGAGAGAACGCCCACCGGUUGCUCGUGAAUAGCGGCGACAAAGACGGUCGGGAUCGCGAUCCUCCCCUUCUGCGGAGACUACGGCGCGAGCCGCCGCGCGCCGCGUCAGCAUCAUCAUCGUCAUCGUCGUCUUCCAGUAUGCCGCCGCCGACGAUCAUCUUCUUCGAAGUGUACUCUGGCGUCAAUCGGAGAACAAUCUACCGUCCGAUUUUGCGGAAAUACCCUCACCUAAGAGUCCAUUUUCUUGCCCCGUCCUUCGUGCAAAUGGCACACGAGUUAUGGGCCGAGCUGAAGCAGAUAGUUGAGUGGGAAGUGGACCAGCAGCAGCAGCAGCAGGGGGAGGAGGAGGAGGAGGAGGAGGAGGAGGAAGGGGAGGAAGGGGAGGAGGACGAAGAGGAGGAGGGGGAUGGAGGAGAAGCGAAGGGCGAUGGCGAUACCGACAAGGAUCAUAAUAGAGACGAAGAGAAAAAGAGCGGGAGGGGUAGAGGUAGAGGUAGAGGUACAGGUAACCACCCCCCCCCACCCCCCACCCCCACCAGGAAAAGAUUUCAUAGGAAGCCCAUGAGCGGGUUCUUGGCUGUCGUUUUCAUGUUGCAAAUCUGUAGACGAAUCACCUUAUAUGGAUUUGACGCCUUCGGAUCGGGAUCGGGAUCGGGAUCGGGCUCCUUGUCCAGUCAAGUGCCUCAAGUGGUGGUGGGCGGCGGGGGAAGCUUCGGGAGAGGAAGCUUCAGUGAAGCUUCUUCCUGGAUGGGUGGGGGACACUUGAAUGAGUCUUGGGCGCGGUUGGGGGGGUCCAAGGGGGGGGGCACGAAGAACUCGACUGCGGAGGCGGCGUCGUCACUGUUUCCCUUGACGUCAACGAAAUCGGCAAGAUCAAGGCUAUGUCUUGGCUACGGAUACGUGUCUACGGUAGGGGAGUUGGAAGGCGCUGAGAAACAGUACCAAAGUGGAUGGAAAUCUGUGAGAAUGGCACCCCUCACCUCCAUUGUGAUGAUCUGUCGAUUGUCUGUCGAUUGACUCUCCGAAUGGAUGGAUACACUAGACCUGUAGAUCCGGUCGAUCUGUAGAUCAAGGCUAUGGCUUGGCUACGGAACGG